AUGCCGAAGUCGCACAAUUUGGAAUUAGCCUGUGGCAACUGUUCACGAUCGAAAUGCAGGUGCGUCAUCAAACCUGGUGGCCGGGGCUGCGAGAGGUGUUCUCGUCUGAACAAACCGUGCCUGCCCGGCGACUCGACUCGCGCCCUCAACGCCCAGCGAAACAACCCUAUCGCCCGUCUGGAAGGAAAAUUGGAUGGCCUGGUAUCCAUGAUGAGCGGUGGUCAUGUCAUGUUGAAUAUUACCCCGCAAGCAGGUGGUGCUGAUCAUCUUACUCCACCUAUUUCCACCUCCAAUGCGAGCUCCCCCUUCUCUUCCACAACUGCAGUAUCAUCGACUGCGGCCCCAUCCCUACCCCUGGACCUAUCCCCCGAAGAAUCUUUAGCAAAGUUUCGCACCCAAAUGCUCAAAUAUUUCCCUUUCUUGCAUCUUCCCGCCGAUGCACAAUGGCUGCGCCGAGAACGACCGUUCUUAUACCUCUGCAUCAUGACUGUAUCUUCCCCAUCAACGCAGACAAAGCUUCAACUCGGAGAAAGAAUCAAGCGGACUUUGACGGACCGCAUUUUCCUCGACAAUGAUCCAGCUGCUGUUAAUAUCGAUCUACUUCUCGGCCUCUUGACAUUCCUUGCUUGGGGCGAGGACCAUCUCCUCCACGGCACUGCGGCGAGAGUGUCGCGUUUCACACAAUUGGCCAUGACGUUGGUGUUCGAUCUUCGUCUCAACAAGCCACUGCCAGAUGAUCCCAAUAUGCUCCCUGUCGGGGGAGACUGCGUGAUCCCCAAAGCUCCGACAAGAUCUCUCGAGGAGAGACGUGCUGUUCUGGGGUGUUUUGUCAUGAGCUCGAUCGUUUCUUCAUACUUCGCGCAGAUCGAUACCAUGCAGUGGACGUCGUAUAUGGAUGAAUGUCUGGAGGUUUUGAGCCAAAGCACGGAAUCCCCGUACGACGAGAUGGCUGCACACCAAGCCCGACUACAGCGUAUCGCGGGGGAGGUUGAGAGCGCAAAAGGUACACAGAACGUUCCGCCGGCCUUUUAUCUGUCUGCUCUUCGACAUAAAGUGGAUGAAGUCAAGGCACAAAUCUCACCAGGCUUGGAGCGAGAGGGAUCAGCGCUUACCGAUCAACUAGAGAUCCUCCUGGCUUCAAUCUAUUACACAGAGAUAAGCAUUCUCGGCUUGGCCCUGUCGAACCAAAAUCCCCCCGGCCCUGGCAUUCAAAGAAUCGACUGUCUCUACACCUGCCUCAACACGGUCAAACUGGCCUUUACAAAUUUCUUCACGAUACCUCUCGUCGAGUACCCCGGUAUCUCGUUUCCCUUCUUCACACAGCUCGCUCGCUACCUCAUCGUCCUGUUCAAGCUGUCGACUCUGAGCGAUCCCGCCUGGGAUAGAACUCUGGUGCGGUCAACGGUUGAUGUGCUGGAAGUGAUGGACCGAUUGAUCGGCAAUAUCGAGCACGCCAAAGGACCUGCCGGCGAAGAGUGCGCGAGGAACCCGCUGGACCGAGCGACGAGGAUCUUCGCGUCGGUGAGAGCUUGGUGUGCUGCAAAACUCGCGGCCGUGACUGUCAGAGGCGCACCGCGCGGUGAUCCAGGUUGUCCACCGGUUGGGCACAAUGACACGCAGUUGGAUGCGCUGUUCCUGGAGGAUAUGUUGCUUGGAGAUGGUUUUAAUGUAUUCCUAGGGGGUAAUGCCGUUGGCUGA